GCUGGCCCAUGUCAAUUGUCAUCCGGCGCUGCCGUUUUGGUUAAAAGUGACGGGGCCUCUUGUUAGGCUCAACUUUUGCGACGCUUCCCCAAAGGCUUCCCACCCUCAGGUUCUUCUGACGUCUUUUACGGAUUUACCUGAGCUCUCAGGACCCCUUUCUUUUCUGACGCAAUACCUACGGAUACCCUUCUUCUGUGUCCGUACACACAAACAGCAAACAGACAUCACCAAGACCAAGUGGACGAACAGAUAGACAGACGGGCAGGAUGGCGUUCUCAAGAUUCAGUAUGCGGUUACCGCUCCCAAAGACCUUUCUAGGAUGCAUCGGCCUUCAAACAGGCACCGAGGUCAUCUCCCUCAUCCUCCUCUUCAACAGGCUCACCGGCCUCUACGGCCUACUCGCCAUUCUCACAGGCUAUGAGUUGUCCGUGACGCAGCUUUCAAUGUACCUCUACUCGUUGGGCGUCGUCGUCCUGCUGGCCAUGUUCAUGCCCCACAUCCGCAAGCAGAGCCCCUUUGAGACGCUCAGCCUCGCCUGGCUCUACAUCAUCGACACCGUCCUCAACGUCGCCUACACCACCUUCUUCGCCGUGAACUGGUACCUCAACAGCAGCGCCCUGGACAAGCACCCGGCAGGCAGCACCACCCCGGCCGCCGCCGGUCCCGCAGCGGCGGCAGAGAUUGCGGAGACGGCGCUCGCCAACGGGGCCCCCGUGGUCCCCGACGUGCCCGGCACGACGAAGCACAUCGGGCCCCAGGAGUCGUGGAUGAGCUUGGGGCUGAUUUGCUCCGUCACGCUGGUGCGCGUCUACUUUGCGCUCGUCGUCAUGUCGUUCGCGCAGCAGGUCCUGCAGCGGUACAGCGCGGCGGACAUGGGCUGGGAAGAGGAAGGCCGUAGCAGCAGCGGCGCCGGCAAGAAGAGCGGCGUCGACGGACCCUUCUCGCAGGGCGAGCCGGGCGGCGAGGGGUCCCGCGGCCGUAUCGGGCGCGUGAUGCUCGCUCUCGGCCGCGGGUACUGGCUUCGCGAGAGGCCUCAGGAGGAGUGGGCGAGCGCUGUGAGCGCCAAGUUCCGGCACACCGGAGUUUAAGUCUUUUAAACAUCGCGGAAGGGCGGAUUCAGAGAGCUACCGACGGUACCGGUAAGCAUCGAAGCGGCAAGAGAUGGAUGUCGGUGCGGCAUGUCGGGCGGCAGCGGCAGGCUGACCGCUUGGAGUGGAUACCGCCGGGACGGCAAGUCGAUGAUGCCAUUGGGGGGUGGUAUCAUUGGGCGAUGGCAUCAUUUGAGAUUUUCUGCGCGCCGAAAAAAGAGGUGGAUCGGAGGGACUCAUGAGCGAAAUGCAUGUCGGGGGCGCGAUAGGGAACAUUGUACAACAACAUUUGAUGACCCUCAAUCACGGAAGGUGAAUCGGCGUUUGGGUCAUUGGGAGAGAUGGUUCGUCACGAGGGCAUUCAUUCGGUUGGUGCCCGGUUCACGAUGGGGGAUUAUAAGUGGGACCGAGAACGAACGUCCUUUGGUUCCAAACCCCGAAUUUGGGGGGAGAGCAUACGAUACAAGCCAUACAUAUAAUAAGCAUACUUAGUAGUAGAGUAAUACAAGAUCUUGAAAUCAAAGGGA